AUGGCCAGCCAAAGGAAGACCUUAAACGAUAUCACCAACUCCUAUAGCUUGCCAUCCGAGUCGCGCCAGCAGAAGCAGAAGCAGCAGCAGAAGCAGCAGACCACCACCACCAAGGGCGGCAAUGUCGCCUCUUCUACACAGAAGUCAGCCACAGCAGUCAGCAAAUCUCGGGCACCUGCAGCGGCAGCACCAGACUGCCCUUUGAACACUGCCGAAAAGCCUGUGGGUGUCAUCAUCAACCACCUCAAGAACGAUGACAGCAUCAUCAAGAAUGUAGAUAAGGGACAAGAGGAAAGCGACGGUCAAAACGAGAAAGUGCCGUCAGUCCCCUGCACCUCCUCCUCCAGCAACGGGACCGAGCACAUAUCCCCAACCCAUCCCAUCCGCAAGCUCGAGGUUGAUGGCAUCCCAGAAUCCGAUCCCACCGAAAUCUCCCAGCUCUGGGCGUCUGUUUCCCACUUCGUCCGAAACCAGCGCCGUAACACCAUGGUGGUCAGAUCAUCUUACGCCUCAACAACCGAGGACGAGCGACCUCGCCUCGUUAUCAAUCCACACUCAAGAGCGCCAGUCCCUACCACGAUCACGAUUCAUACCUCCCUCGAUGCGACAGCCGGCGCCACACCGCCGCCCUUCCAGCACCACCACAUCCACGAUCGCGAUGUUGUCGGCUUCGCAACCGCCGCCAGUCGAGCCCAUCUGCCGGGACUUGCGACUCUUCCCGAGCUCACCGAUUCCGCUCAGUAUCACCUCUUCCGCAACGCCCCAGAGCCCGCUGACCAAAAACCCGAUGCCGAAGGCGGCUUGCUGGCGGCUCAGCGCAUCCUCCACGCCAAGCCUAACGACCAAGACGAGGUCGACAGCCUCUGGCAUCGCGCGCCAGCAUAUUUUCUCUGCCACAACGACGGCAGCAAGACCCUCACGGAUACGACGGCGGAAGCAGCGGCAGCCCACAUCUCGUUCUGGCUCCUUGUCGCAAACUCCAGCCUGUCGGCAAGCGCGGAAUUUGAUAUCGUCAACAGGACCGGCACCUACUACCAGCGCUCUGUGGCGCCCUACCUCUCGGUGCAGUACUGUGACCGCGCCCGCUGCUUCCACAGGGACCCGAAGCGUUGCAACGCUCUGCAUGCCCUGUCGGACAUCGCCAACACCAGCCUCUACAACCGGUAUCUGCUCCGCGAGGAGGCGGCAUACCGGGACGCGGCCUUCCGCAUCGAGACGGGCGACAUCGCGCACUACGCGGCGGUGAUGAACUAG